ACGUGAUCCCUUUCAAAGAUGGCCGCCCUGUUGUUUUGAUGAAUAAUACUUGGUGGGGCGAGGGGGUAAGGGUAGGGUUGGAGGGGUAGGAGGAUUUACGCUUACAGCGAGAGCUUCGCCAGUCCCAUCCCUCCCCUCCCCCCUGCUAGGGUUCCUGCGUGGAGGCGGGGCGAGCCGGCCUGCUUUUAGAGGGGAGGGGCUUCCCGGUGCGGCGCUGGGCUCUCCCUGGGCUGCCGUAGGGUCGCCGCGCCUCGGGGCAUCCAGUGUGCAGCCGAGCUGUUCCCGCCAGGGCCAGGGGUGGGACCCGGAGCGGGGUCUGCGGGAGAAAAACGCAGCUGCCGCGUCACCGCCGCGAAGACACGGCGCGCAGCGGGCACGAGCCGAGCUGGAGACCGCGCCGCCCGCCCUGGGUAACCUGGGAAGCUGAGGGGAGUCAGUGGCGCCCGGAGAGGACCCGGUAGCAGCGGCUGCGGCCAGAGGAGGCAGCUCGGGACGCUUGCAUCUGGAGGAGGCUGGGGCGAUCCGAGCGACCGAAGCCAAGGCGAUUCAGUGCCUCGUGUUCUUAGUUUUUAACCUCUGACUAUGCAAUUCUGAAACCUCCCCCCUUGGGGGACCAGGUAGCCCGGUAGAUACCUUCCACUCUCCUUUGCUCCCUCCCUGGUCUCAAGAACCGAAGGAUCUCUCUGACGCCUUUCACCAUUAAGAGGAAGGAGAUGGAGGAGCUGAGCGCUGAUGAGAUUCGACGGAGGCGCCUGGCGCGACUUGCUGGUGGACAGACCUCCCAGCCGACCACCCCGCUUACGUCUCCCCAGAGGGAGAACCCUCCGGGACCUCCAAUAGCUGCGUCAGCCCCAGGCCCCUCCCAGAGCCUUGGCCUCAAUGUCCACAGCAUGACCCCAGCUACCUCCCCCAUAGGCGCAGCAGGAGUUGCCCAUCGGAGCCAGAGCAGUGAAGGAGUCAGUUCUCUUAGCAGUUCGCCGUCCAACAGCCUUGAGACACAAUCUCAGUCCCUCUCCCGUUCCCAGAGCAUGGAUAUUGACGGUGUCUCUUGUGAGAAAAGCAUGUCCCAGGUGGAUGUGGAUUCAGGAAUCGAAAAUAUGGAAGUGGAUGAGAAUGACCGAAGAGAAAAACGGAGCCUGAGUGACAAGGAGCCGCCUUCAGGUCCUGAGGUGUCUGAAGAGCAGGCCUUACAGCUGGUCUGUAAGAUCUUCCGCGUCUCUUGGAAGGACCGGGACAGAGAUGUCAUCUUCCUUUCUUCUCUUUCUGCGCAGUUUAAACAGAACCCAAAAGAAGUGUUCUCUGAUUUUAAGGAUCUGAUUGGCCAGAUUUUAAUGGAAGUGCUGAUGAUGUCCACUCAGACCCGAGAUGAAAACCCAUUUGCCAGUCUGACAGCCACGUCCCAGCCUAUUGCCACAGCAGCUCGGUCGCCAGACAGGAGUCUGGCGCUGAACACUGGCUCCACUUCGGGAACAAGCCCCAUGUUCUGCAGCUUGGGCUCCUUUGGCGCCGGCUCCUUGUCUAGCCUCUAUGAAACUAGCCCUGCCCCCUCUGCCAGUUCGUGGAGUUUUGUGCCAGUGCUGAGUCCAUCCUUUGCCUCAGCUUCCCAUGCAGCCCCUCAGGCCCGUGCACCUUCCCCAUCCCUCAGCCCUCACAGUGCAGCCCCCCAGACGCCUGCACCUUCCCCAUCCCUCAGCCCUCACAGUGCAGCCCCCCAGACGCCUGCACCUUCCCCAUCCCUCAGCCCUCACAGUGCAGCCCCCCAGACGCCUGCACCUUCCCCAUCCCUCAGCCCUCACAGUGCAGCCCCCCAGACUCCUGUGCCUUCCCCAUCCCUCAGCCCUCACAGUGCAGCCCCCCAGACCCUUGUGCCUUCCCCAUCCUCCCUCAGCCCUCACAGUGCAGCCCCACAGGCGCCUAGGCCUUCCCCAUCCUCCCUCAGCCCUCACACCACAGCCCCCCAGGCGCCUAGGCCUUCCCCAUCCCUCAGCCCUCACUUCGCAGCCCUCCAGGCGCCUGCACCUUCCCCAUCCCUCAGCCCUCAGAGUGCAGCUUCUGGAGCUGCUGUCGGAAGCCAGCCACCAUCCCCAAGGUAUCGUCCCUACACUGUCAUGCACCCGUGGGGCUCUUCACCUUGCCCCACCCCACAGUCCUCCAUUCUGGCUAACUCCCCAGGCUUCCCUGCCCGCCCAAGUAGUCCCCGGGCAGUGCCUGGCAGCUCCUACAGACAGAGGCCCCGCAGCAGGGGCCCAGCCUUCCCUCCCGCCUCGCCCAGUGCUGCCAGCAGACGUCCCUUCUCCCUGCGGAUCUCUCCUAGUUUGGGAGCCUCUGGUGGAGCAAGUAACUGGGAUUCGUACAGUGACCACUUCACCAUUGAAACCUGCAAGGAGACAGACAUGCUGAACUACCUCAUUGAGUGUUUUGACAGAGUUGGAAUAGAGGAAAAAAAAGCACCAAAGAUGUGCAGCCAGCCAGCAGUCAGCCAGCUUCUGAGCAACAUCCGCUCACAGUGCAUUUCCCACACCGCACUAGUGCUGCAAGGUUCCCUCACACAGCCCAGGUCCUUGCAGCAGCCAUCCUUCCUUGUGCCGUACAUGCUCUGCAGGAAUCUCCCGUACGGCUUCAUCCAAGAGCUGGUGAGGACCACGCACCAGGAUGAAGAGGUGUUCAAGCAGAUCUUUAUCCCCAUUUUACAAGGCCUGGCUCUUGCUGCCAAAGAGUGUUCCCUCGAUAGCGACUACUUUAAAUACCCCCUCAUGGCACUGGGUGAACUCUGUGAAACCAAGUUUGGGAAGACACACCCUAUGUGCAAUUUGGUCGCCUCGCUACCCCUGUGGUUGCCGAAGUCCUUAAGCCCCGGUUCCGGGCGGGAGCUGCAGAGACUCUCCUACUUAGGGGCCUUCUUUAGCUUCUCAGUCUUCGCAGAGGACGAUGCAAAGGUGGUUGAGAAAUACUUCUCAGGGCCUGCCAUUACCCUAGAGAACACGCGCGUGGUCAGCCAGUCGCUGCAGCACUACCUGGAGCUGGGACGGCAAGAGCUUUUCAAGAUUUUGCAUAGUAUUUUGUUAAACGGCGAAACACGAGAGGCGGCGCUCAGUUACAUGGCGGCCGUCGUCAAUGCCAACAUGAAGAAAGCCCAGAUGCAGGCGGAUGAUCGGUUGGUGUCUACAGAUGGGUUUAUGCUGAAUCUCCUUUGGGUCCUGCAGCAGCUAAGUACGAAAAUCAAGUUAGAAACAGUCGACCCCACUUACAUAUUCCACCCACGAUGUCGGAUCACUCUCCCGAAUGACGAGACGCGAAUAAAUGCAACGAUGGAGGAUGUGAAUGAGUGGCUGGCUGAGCUCUAUGGAGACCAGCCUCCAUUUUCUGAGCCAAAAUUCCCUACGGAAUGUUUCUUUCUCACCCUGCACGCCCACCACCUCUCUGUUCUGCCUUGUUGUCGUCGCUACAUCCGCAGACUCCGAGCCAUCCGAGAGCUCAACAGAACCGUAGAAGAUUUGAAAAAUAAUGAAAGCCAGUGGAAAGAUUCCCCACUGGCCACCAGACACCGAGAAAUGCUGAAGCGCUGUAAAACACAGCUUAAGAAACUGGUACGGUGCAAGGCCUGUGCUGACGCUGGCUUACUUGACGAGAGCUUCCUGAGAAGAUGUCUGAAUUUUUAUGGCCUUCUCAUUCAGCUGAUGCUGCGCAUCCUGGACCCUGCAUAUCCCGACGUAACACUGCCUUUACAUUCAGAUGUCCCCAAGGUGUUUGCAGCCUUGCCUGAGUUUUAUGUAGAAGACGUCGCUGAAUUUUUAUUUUUUAUUGUACAAUACUCUCCUCAGGUGCUUUAUGAGCCCUGCACUCAGGACAUCGUGAUGUUCCUCGUGGUGAUGCUGUGCAAUCAGAACUACAUCCGGAACCCUUACCUAGUGGCCAAACUGGUGGAGGUCAUGUUCAUGACCAACCCCUCGGUCCAGCCGCGAACUCAGAAGUUUUUUGAGAUGAUUGAGAACCACCCUCUCUCUACCAAAUUGCUGGUACCUUCCCUCAUGAAGUUCUAUACAGAUGUCGAGCAUACUGGAGCCACCAGCGAGUUCUAUGACAAGUUCACAAUUCGCUAUCACAUAAGCACUAUUUUUAAAAGCCUUUGGCAAAAUAUAGCUCACCACGGCACCUUCAUGGAGGAGUUCAAUUCUGGAAAGCAGUUCGUUCGCUAUAUCAAUAUGCUGAUAAAUGACACGACCUUUUUACUGGAUGAAAGUCUGGAGUCACUGAAGCGGAUCCAUGAAGUGCAAGAAGAGAUGAAGAACAAAGAGCAGUGGGACCAGUUGCCUCGGGAUCAGCAGCAGGCCCGGCAGUCUCAGCUUGCUCAGGACGAGCGGGUUUCACGUUCCUAUCUUGCCCUGGCAACCGAAACCGUGGACAUGUUCCAUCUCCUCACCAAGCAAGUCCAGAAGCCGUUCCUCAGGCCAGAACUUGGUCCCCGGUUGGCAGCCAUGCUGAACUUUAACCUACAGCAGCUGUGUGGACCCAAGUGCCGGGACCUAAAAGUUGAAAACCCAGAGAAGUAUGGUUUUGAGCCAAAGAAGCUGUUGGACCAGCUGACCGAUAUUUACUUACAGCUGGACUGUGCCCGCUUUGCUAAAGCCAUCGCUGAUGACCAGAGAUCCUACAGCAAGGAACUAUUUGAAGAAGUCAUUUCAAAGAUGCGGAAAGCAGGAAUCAAAUCCACCAUUGCAAUAGAGAAGUUUAAGCUUCUUGCUGAGAAAGUGGAGGAGAUAGUGGCCAAGAAUGCACGGGCUGAAAUUGACUACAGCGACGCCCCGGAUGAGUUUAGAGACCCUCUGAUGGACACCCUAAUGAUUGACCCCGUGAGACUCCCCUCUGGCACCAUCAUGGACCGCUCUAUCAUCCUGCGACAUCUGCUGAACUCCCCCACCGACCCCUUCAACCGCCAAACACUGACUGAGAGCAUGCUGGAACCAGUGCCAGAGCUGAAGGAGCAGAUUCAAGCAUGGAUGAGAGGGAAGCAGAGCAGUGACCACUAAGCAUCCUGUCGCCCUUCUCUGCUGGAAGCCGCCACACCAGCCAGCCAGGCCGAAGCAGCACCCACCUCGGAGUGCUGCUCCAACCUGCAACCAGCUGUGGCCAGAAUGAACGCCCACCCCAAGUGACCAAACAGAGAUCUGAGGGACAUGAUGAGAAGAGGAGCCCAAUUCCUGUACAUAUAUUUAAGUGACAAACAGUCAAACGCCUGAGGGACGAGUCUCACGGUUGCUGUGUAGUAAAGUGCGUCCUCCGCCUGUCACACCCGGGGCUGUGGCAACGGAAGUCGUUAGUGAUGGCGAGUGGGUGUGGGCAGCAUCCCCUGAGCUUUCGUUUUGUUUUGUUUUUUCGAUGUGACUAGAGAACUCGGACAUUUUGCUGCUAAAGAAUCUCCCCCUUCCUCACCCUACUUGCACUGCUGUGGGUUUUUUAAAGAGAAACAAAACCAGACUCCUUUCCCAGCCCUCCAAACAUGUAUUCUGUGAGAUAACUGUGCCUGCGACAAAGUGUUAAUCUUGGGAUCGUAUUUUUAUAUCAUAUUCACAUACCUGUUUUUUUAAUUGGUGUUAGAUGACAUGAUUAAUAAAAAAGGCAAGAUAUUUUCAGAAUUUGAAUUUCAGUUUUUUUUUUCUUUUGAAAUAGCCCUUUUCAAUUUUUUUAUUAUAAAAAAAAAUGAAGAGAACCCUGUUGGCCUGGUCCUUCCACCAACCCUCAGUUAAGAUUCUGAGGAACAGGUGCAGCAGCAGAACGGCUGAAGUGGAUCAGGACUCAAGUGACUUGUGGGCUUUGGGGGAGGUGAGGGUUGUAUUUUGUUUUUUGUUGUUUUUUAAUCCUAUGUGACAAUUUCAAACCUAUACCAUUAUUGUCUGAGGAUAGAUACAUUCCUCAGUCAGAGUUCAUUUGUAUGCUGUGUCCUUUUGGGGUUUGGCCUUACCAAAGCAAAAAAAAAAAAAAAGGGUGCAAGAAAUGUGGAAAUCUGCCUGCCUGUUUCCACGCCCGGACAAAUGCCACUGCACAGGCGCUCACAAGCAGAAGCCCGUGGUGUUACCGCUCCCUACACAACAUACUUGAAUUCUUGAAGUUCCUUUGGGGUGAAAAAGGAUUUGAAACCAUAAAGUGUUUUAAAGAAAUCUUCGGAGACAUACUUUCUUUUCUCUCCUCCUUUCUCCUCUUCUCCACAGACAAUGUGCUCUGUUCAGUUCCCAAAACAAACUACAAUAAACGGUGAUGCCCAUCCGGAA